UUUUCCUUAAUCCUGACCUACUCAUUCACAUAUUUAUUUCAGGCUUAUUUGCUAUUUGGGGAUGAAGAAUAUCUUUUCAUCUUCCAGGAAGCUUAUAAGGCUGCUAUGCACUAUCUCUUUAAUGAUCCUUGGUACGUAGAAGUAAAUAUGAAUUCUGCUGCCCUUGUCUGGCCUUUAUUUAACAGCCUGCAGGCAUUCUGGCCAGGUCUUCAGGUUCUAGCAGGGGAUAUUGAGCCUGCCAUUAGAACACAUGCUGCUUUCUUCAGCGUCUGGAGAAGAUAUGGGUUUACCCCAGAGGGUUUCAAUCUAGCUACGCUCAGUGUUCAACAAGGCCAGAAAAGCUAUCCUCUGCGUCCGGAAUUGAUUGAGAGCACAUAUUGGCUGUACAAAGCUACCAGAGAUCCCAGGUAUCUUGAUGCCGGAAGGGAUAUGCUAGCUAGCUUGCAAUAUGGUGCCCGAUGCACUUGUGGAUAUUGUCAUAUAUCCGAUGUUGAAUUUCACAAACAAGAAGAUCACAUGGAGAGCUUUUUCUUGGCAGAAACUGUUAAAUAUUUGUGGCUUCUUUUUGAUUUAGCUGCUGGUCCAGAUAACCUGGUUGAGAAUGGCCCAUACAAGUAUAUUUUCAGCACAGAAGGUCAUUUAUUGCCUGCAACUCCUCAAAUAUCCUUAGUACGCGAGCAUUGUUCCUACUUCGGAGCAUAUUGUAGGAACAUCAAGUUGAUACUGAAAACUCAUGCACCUGAGAGUGCAGAAACUAAUUCCAGUCACUCUCAAACACAACCUGCAGAUUCAAGUUUCUUAUCGCGCUCCAAUUAUCAAAGUUCCCCAUUUAUAACUGGUUUGAUUAAGGGACUCUGUCCAGGGCUAACCCAUGAACAAAGGUUUGGCAUAUCAUUCAUGGCUCCGGUGGAUCCAAGUAGUGAGGAUGAAAAUUCAAGUCAAAGGGAGACAGCUGAAGUUCAGAGUCAUUCAGUUGUGCUGAUUUCAGACCCCAAUUCUGAAAUUUCCCUAUCAAGUCCCCAUAGUGAUCAUGACAAUGAUCCAGUUCGUGCGCCACAAGAAAAGAGCCCCUCUUCUAAAGAAAGCAGAUAACCAGACUCAAUGUGUAAUGGAAUUUAGCCUCGUUAAAUUUGCUGUCCAUCAAAGGACUUCCCAACUCUGGUCAUGAUUUGGAAGGGGGUUCAAGCUUCAACAUCCUGGAAGGUGAAGUCAGGGUUCUGCUUGUAUAUGGUGAUUUAGCUUGAUACCUGUCGGUACCGAAGAUGGGCACUAGUGGCAAGAGCUCAAUUUGCUUUUUUCAGAGUGCCAUGAUUCUUAGAAUGGUUUAUUAGGAGUCUCAGUCAUAUGCAUAAUACACAUAGAAGUAUCCUGCAAGAAUAUAUGAAUCAGGAGGUGACAAAACAUGCCUAACAAGGUGUGAUCCAGGACUUUUUACUGUAUACUAAGUUUGCUAACAUUUAACUGAUGCGACGGAGUUGGGCAAGACGGAAUUUUCUGGUGAUCCCAGAUCAGAGACAGGAAGAGUGACUAAUCAAUUUUGUACACUUGAGAUUGCUACCACAAGGUAUUGAUUCUGUUUUCAGUUAUUUUCUACAGGCAGUGGUAUUAGUUUGCCCAAAUUCAAGUUUGUAAAUCAUGUACUCUAAUAAUAUCAGUCAGUGCCAGAUGGACUGUAUUUUUGGAGUUUUUUGGACCGCAUAUUUCUGAUUCUAUAAUGGAGUUUAAUUUAAAAUUUGUUA